CCUUACGCCACUUGUCCAUUUUAACAUAUGUGGCGUCCAAACUCCUUCCUUUCUCUUUCGCUUUCCUUUUCCCCUCCGAUAAAAACUGUUCCUUCAAUUCCCAUAGGUUUCCUCUUCUAAAAAAAAAAAAUCUCUUUAAUGGCUAAAACAUCUACUGUCUCUUCUUUCUCUUCGUUUCCUUCCCUUUCUCGUGGGAGAGAAACCCAUUCUUUUCUCCCAACUUCCUUCAGAUUCUCUAAUCGUCCCUCACGUUUCCUUCGUCUCUCUUCCAAGGCUUCAGAUUCCGGCAGCUUCUUUAGUGACGAUUCUUUUGGUUUCUUUCCUUGGUCCCCUGGUGACAACGACGUGGAAUGGGUUCAAGAGGAGAGAGUCACUUUGUUCACAUCAGAUGGACUAAUUCAAAUAGGAGGUUCAAUGGUUGCACGGCGUAUAACUUUUGCAGAUAAGAAACGGGGAAAAUCAAAAACUUCUCAAAGAUUUCAACGGUUUCAAGAGAGUGAUUACAUGGAUCCCAACCAAGGCUUAUGUCUAGGUGCUCUUUUUGACAUUGCGGCAACAAAUGGACUUGACAUGGGCAGAAGGCUUUGUAUCAUUGGCUUUUGUCGCUCCAUUGAGAUGCUUAGUGAUGUUGUAGAAGAUACGGUUUUAGAGCAUGGUGGGGAGGUUGUUGCGGCAGAGAAGGCCAGCAAAGGUGGUUUACAUGAAAAGCUUACCAUGAAGGUUGCCGUGCCAUACCUCUGGGGUGUUCCCCCUGCUUCUGAUACACUUCACCUUGCUGUAAGGAGUGGUGGAGGGAUUGUGGAGAAGGUUUAUUGGCAAUGGGAUUUUUUGUAAAUAAUUCAUCACUUUCUUCUAACCAUCACUUGUUGUAUUCAUAAAUCCUAUGUGCAUUCUGUACAUAAAAUUGUUGUAUUCCUAUGUACAAAACUGAAUGUUGUAUUCCAAGUCACUGACCCCAUCAUUGUUUGGGAAUUUAUUGUUAAUAUCCAAUUGAUUAUUCUCAGUUUUCUGUUUAUACCCUACGAAUAAUGCCAUAUCCCAUAUCAGAUAUGCGGAAUUUGCAAUGGUCAACAUAAUCAGAUUACAUCAAAAUGAAGUACUAUUAAGAUUCUCAAAAUCCCUUUUUAUUCAUUUCAUAAUAUGAUGCAACCAUUAAAUUAUUUUCUUCUUGAUCCUUUUUGGCCUUUAUAGUAAACUGUACAGAUCAUAGAAUAUUCAAAAGCCAGGUAAAGCAAUGGUUACGUCUAUAACAUGGUGACAAACAGUUGCAGGCUAUUAGCUGGUGUAUGUUACUACUAUUUUUGUCUGUCUUUUGUUAGGCUUCCAUGUCAAUUGUCAAUGUCGGAUGAUGUAGGGAAUCAUCCAUAUACAGUUAAAUAUGGUAAUUUUUUUUC